AUGGGGAACAAACUUUCCCGGUCCAGCGAUGCCAGCGACAAAUUUGGCGACAGAGACGAUGACCACUAUUCACGUCCCGCAAAGCGUCGCCGCUACGAGGAGAACUCUCCGGACUCGGGCCUUGGUCCAGACAUCAAUGGCUUGCUCCUACCCGAGGAGCCCGAGGAGCUCCAGAGGUCCUUGCGCAUCGAGGUUCUCAAGAUUCUUCAUAAGGAAUCAUCUCGCGUAAGAUUUAACGGCAUCUUUAACGGUAUCGCUGCGCCUGCCGUCAAAGACGUCGCCAACACAAGAGCCCGUUGCCGCAUUACUAUCAGCUACCAACGGAAUGGCGAAUCUCACAUCUUGCAUUGUGACAGCCAGAUCUGCACUAUCAAGACCUUUAAGAACCCAGUUGGGCCCUCGCGCAUGGCCAGGGUCCAAUUACGGCCGUUUCACGUCCCGGAAGAUAAGAUUUUGAUCGAGAGGGAUGAUGAUUCGGUAUUUGACUUGGCCGACUCGUAUGAAGUGAUGGUGGAACUCGAGUCUGCAGGAGAUCCGAAUUGGCCGCCACUGAAUCUGAUCACAGCAGAUCACGACGAGGACAUCUUCCUCGGUCGAUUUUCUGAGCCUCGGCAUUGGGUAUUGAGAACACACGUCUCGGAUCUGUUUAGUCGUCACUGUGCAUCAAGUACGCUUAUGCUGAGCAAGGCGCCUCUCAGCGAUCUGCCGACCGAUUACGUGGUAGAGUCUGAUGUCAGGUGGAUCACUGGCUUUUCUCAGAAUGUCAAGAAACUGGCCAAGGAUGUCUUGCCCUCUAUCACAGUCUUUGAUCCCAACGAAGAGUCGUUCCCAGAUCUUCUUGGCCAGCUGAACGGGCAACACAUAACCGAACACCUAAUGAAUGGCUAUGCCAAUGGCACGCCAGAAGAUAUGGACGAUGAAUUAGAAGGCGAAACUACUCCAAGCAGGUCUCUUCGUCACAGGGAAAAUAAGAAUUACAAUCUCAAGGUUCUAAGCCAGAAAUCACAAGGCAAAGAACCUCGAAAAAGACGCAAGCUGGACAAGUUGACCGAUGCCCGGAUCUUCUACCAUUUACCGGCAGAAGUCAUCUCUGUCAAUGGCUUCUCAUGCUGUAUUUGCCAGGCUCCAAAUCAGUCACUACCUCAGCUCAGGAUACAUGUGCUUAGCCAUCCUGAGUACAACUUCGCGUUUGACUUCAAACCUGCUAGAGGUGGCUGCCAGAUUGUCAUUUCACAUCGAGAGGAUGUCCAUGGCUCUCCAAUUCGUCCGCAGGUGUAUCAGCUCGGGCGACCACUCAAAGCACUUGACUUGGAAAAGCUUUUAGAUGGUGAUGACUCUUGGAUCACGUCUAGAUAUGGACCCGACAAUGAUAUAUCACCGCAAUUUGCAACAAUCAAGGUGCCACAGAAGCUUACUAGUCGUCGCAAGGACAAGAAAGUCGUCGUGCCUAAUACCAAACAACCCUUGUUCGACCCCUUGAGCAAGGCAAUCCUGCAACCCGGCACUGAGAUCCAGCAACCAGUCGCAGAUGAUACAUGGUUAAUCCAGAAACAUCGGGAUACAGUACAAGACUUCUUUGAUGUAGACGAGGCAGAGAAAGAGUACAUCAAAGAAUGGGAUGCUUACCUCAUCAAGAAACAAAUCAACUCUGAUGCAUUCCUUCCACGGGCCUUUUUGGCUUUUGUUAAGGAGAAAGCGGCAUGGCUGGUGGCUUCGCAGGCUCGUGUUGAGGAGUUUGGAAAACAUCUCUCAGUCCUAGUUGGCAGAGGCUCACUUGACGAUCAGACCAUCAAUGACGCGAUUGCUCGUAUCGCUGAGGCUAGGACACAAAAGGUGCCCCAAGCGCUGCCCAAGGAGUCUCCCAAAUCGUCACAGUAUAGAAGCUCCAAGGGUUGCACCGUUUGUGGACGCCCAGUCCGGGGACCAACGUUGCUACUUUGUGGGAAUAAGGGAAACGGCGUUGAUGCCUGUGGAUAA